AUGAGAGAAACAUACAACAAACUCACAAAUGUGUGCGUUUUAUUUACCCCUUUGUACUGUUUACCCGUUGGGAUCAGAGUUGUGGACGUCUAUGUCCGAGAACAUGCAACAGACACCUGUUGUGACGUGAUCGGCCAGUCGACGCCUUGGAGAGAGACAGAGAGAGAGAGGGAGGAUAUCGAGUUAGCCCUUGCAGUCUGCCAUCCUCAUUACUUCACCACGAUGCCGAAGACAGAAAAUUUUUUAGAGGAAUCACAAAGACACAUAUUCUGA